AUGGCUUCAUCAAAGCUCCAAGUCUCUGUCCUAGUUCUUCAGGUUCUCUUCAUCACUUCUUCACUAGCACAGGCAGCCUCAGCUAACUCAAAGCUCUUCAGAGAAUACAUAGGAGCUGAAGGCAAGAAUGUUACCUUUUCAGAUGUACCCGUUGAUCCUGAAGUCGAUUUCCACUUCAUUCUCUCCUUUGCCAUUGACUACACAAAUUCUUCACCUCCUGAACCCACCAAUGGUUUCUUCAAUGUCUUUUGGGACUCCGAAAACCUCAACCCUUCUCGAGUUUCUUCCAUCAAAGCCGAAAACCCAAAUGUUAAGGUAGCUAUGAGUCUUGCAGGGGAUUCUGUUGACGGUCAUCACUAUGUCUUCUUCAAUGCCACAACAAUUGAUUCCUGGGUUACAAAUGCUAUAGAUUCAAUUACAAAUAUAGUAAGAGAGUAUAACUUGGACGGAAUAGAUAUCGAUUAUGAACACUUCAAUGCAGAUCCUGAUACAUUUGCAGAGUGCAUUGGACAGCUUUUAUACAAUCUUAAACAGAAUGGGAUUGUGUCUUUCACAUCAAUUGCACCGUAUGAAGAUGAUUCUAUCCAACCACAUUAUUUGGCUCUCUGGAGGAAAUAUGGUCACCUCAUAGAUUAUGUCAACUUCCAAUUUUAUGCCUAUGACAAUGGAACAACUAUAUCCCAGUUUUUGGGGUAUUUUGAGACUCAAAGUUCCAAUUAUAAUGGAAGUACAAUUCUAGUGAGCUUUGGCACUGAUGGAAGCGGCGGCUUAUCUCCUGAAAAUGGGUUUUUUGAGGCAUGCAGUAUGCUUAAAGAUGAUGAUAAACUUCAAGGUAUCUUUAUUUGGUCUGCAGAUGAUUCCAAGGUGGCCGAUUUUCGUUAUGAGAAGCAAUCACAAGCCCUUUUGGCCAACACAACUAGUGGAGGUGAAAAUGGUGGUAAUGCAAUUCCCAUGAUCCCCAGCCCAAUGAAGGUGCCAGUUUAA